GGCGCACUUCCCGGUAUCCCGGAUCCUGUGCAGUAGCGUCAGCCGAGCUGCCUCUGCUCCUCCUGGGGUUCGGGCGUCAGCUCCCGGGCGUCCGCCUCCUCUGUCCCCUCCUCCUCCGCGGCCUCCCCAGACGCGACGACUCGAGUCCGUGCCGCCCCCCGAGCCUCGCGGUGCCAUGCCGCCCCAGCGGCAGCACUGAAGGAUGGCGACGCCCGUCCCUCCACCCUCCCCGCGGCACCUGCGGCUGCUGCGGCUGCUGCUCUCCGGCCUCGUUCUUGGCGCGGCCCUGCGCGGUGCAGCCGCCGCCGCCGCCCGUCCGGAUGCCUGUCCUGGGAGCCUGGACUGCACCCUGAAGAGGCGUGCACGCUGCCCCCCAGGGGCUCACAUGUGUGGGCCCUGCCUUCAGCCCUUCCAGGAAGACCCGAAGGGGGAGUGUGUGCCCAGAUCCCACCGACCUUCGGUGGAGGGACCUUCUCAACCCAGACUGGAGGAUGAAAUUGACUUACUGGCUCAGGAGCUGGCCUGGAGGGAGGCUGGACACUUGGGGCUCAGGGCCCCACCCCAAUCUGAAGGAGGACAGCUGCUCCAGGGGCAUGCUGCCUCCCUGGGGCUCUCAGAGCAGGGCCAGGGCCCAGACCCAGGCUCUCCAUCCACUCUGGGAGUGCCUACACCCCACACCUCCUUGGGUUCCCCGGUGUCGACUGGACCAGUACAUAUGUCCCCCCUGGCACCCCGGGGUGGACAUGGAGACAACCUCGCUGUGGUGCUGAUUGUGGCAAGCUCUGUGGCAGGGGCCACCGCCCUAGCUGUGGCUGCCCUGUGCUGGUGCAGGCUGCAGAGGGAGAUUCGCCUGGCCAAGAAGACCGACUAUGCGGCACCCCAGGCCCCUAGCUCCCCCAUGACCCCUGGCAUCUCGCCGGGGGACCAGCGGCUGGUGCACAGUGCGGAGAUGUACCACUACCAGCACCAGAGGCAGCAGAUGCUGAGCUUGGAGCGGCACAAAGAGCCACCCAAGGUGCUGGCUAUGGCUUCCUCGGACGAGGAGAAUGAGGAUGGAGACUUCACAGUGUAUGAGUGCCCGGGCCUGGCCCCAACUGGAGAGAUGGAGGUGCGCAACCCCCUAUUUGACCACUCCUCGCUGUCGGGGACCCCACUGGGCACCCGCCCUCCACCCCUGUCACAGUGACACCCCACCACCAAUGCUCAGCAGCUCCCACUGAAGAGACCUCGUUCUGCAGUGCAGAGGGCUUGUGCCUGAGCCCCAGACCCCUGCUGGGGACCCCUCCUUGUGCCAGGGGCUUCUUUUCCUCCUGGUGCCUCUCCUCUGGAGUCUGUACCUCCAAACCCAAGGGUGAGGGGAUCCUGAGACCAGAUGGGAAAUGCUGGAGACAAGCCAAUUAAAGUACAUUUCAAACCUUU